AUGCCGGCACCAGCAGCCUUCCCGCCCGUCCCAGGUAUCUGGGUGGCGAAGGGAGAUUCCGUGCAACGUUCCCUGAAGGUAUUGCUUCGAUUGGAGGGCGUCUGUCACAAACGCCGCUCGCUAAAUAGUAAAUUCACUAUCUGUUGUCAUACGAUGAGGAGUCCAGAAUGGCGGCGCCCAAUCCUUUGGACCAGGGUCCCGCCUGCCUCAUGCGAAUAUGAAUCUUUCGGAAAUUUCGGUCUUUGA